AUGGGUAUGACUGCCCGUGCCUACCUUCUUUUCUCUCUCCUAGCCAUCCAAGUAGUCUACGCUCAUGAACACCACGACGAGUUACCUGACGAAGAGUCGGAUAAACCCACCGAUGCGAUUCUUUGGCUACACAUUCUACUGCAAAUUCUUGUUUGGGGCAUUCUCUUCCCUGUGGGCAUGGUUCUGGGAAUAACCCGGAGUCGUUGGCACGUCCCGUUGCAGAGUGUUGGCUUCGUAUUGACUGCGGGAGGCUAUAUCCUGGGUCACUCACAUGGCGGUCGCAUGUUUCUUCCCUCGGCCCACGGAAUCUUUGCCAAUAUUCUUCUCGUGCCUAUUGCGACACAAUUGGCUCUUGGAAUCUACCUCAAGCUGCAUAUUCACGAAGCCUCAAUACGCCCCUACGCAGUCAUUGCUCAUGGAGUUGUCGGCAAGGCUUACCCCAUUCUGGGUUGGACACAGAUGCUGUUUGGCGCGAUGACUUAUCGCGGCUAUUGUCGGGGCGAGGAACUGGCCCAAUGCCUUGCUCACUAUAUUAUGGGCUCUGGUUUUAUCGCCUAUGCGGUUAUCAUGGCCAUAAUACUUCUCGUUGGCGAAGGCUGGGUGCGUCGAAGUGGGCGGAGUCCAGAAUGGUGGGACUCGUGGGUCAUUUUCUUGUGGGGUAUCGUCAACACAUUCACUGAGCAUCGGGGCUCCCAUUGGUCUGUCAAAGAUAUGCAACAUACAAUCUUGGGUGUUCUUUGGUGGGCUGGUGGUCUGUUGGGCAUAAUUCUCGCACGCAAUAACAAGCGAAAUGUGGUACCUGCUUUAAUAUUAAUCCUUACAGGCUGGGCCAUGUCCGAGCACGAGCAACAUCUCAUGAUUUCAACCAAAGUGCACGCCAUCUUUGGGUACACUCUCAUGCUGGCUGGCGUUACCCGUAUUAUCGAAGUCGUCUGGUUUCCUGGCACCUCGAGAGCAGAGUUGGUCGAUGAUGACAAUGUCAGCGAUCAUACCCUUGCAGACUCUGGUCCUCGCUUCCUUCCUGCGGCUGAUGACAACAAAGCCGCUGCGUCCAAAGCUUUCCGUCAUCUUCCUCCAUUUUUACUGGUCGCAUCUGGGGUCCUAUUCAUGUCUGGGACUGACGAAGAACUCAAAUAUGUUCACAAAAACGAGAUGGACCAUGUCACCUACAUUUUAAUCAUGUUCAGUAUCGCUUUCCUGCUUUAUACGCUGAUUGUUUUCGUUAUUGGGCUCUAUCCGACUACAGGCCGGAAUGCAAACAAAGAGGACAACCGAGGCAACCGCAUUGAGUUGACGACGGUGACGACUCCUCGCACCAAGUGGUAUUCGCGUGUGCCAAAUGCGCCACAAACUCCCACUGAACCAUUACAUGUGAUCGGAGAAGAGGAGGAUGAUUAA